CGCCAACCGCUGGUGCCUAACAACUUCGGAUCAUUCAAAUAAAAGACUACAUGAUACCGGAGGUCGGGUCAAACCUGGAUCAAUUGGAACUGCGGUGGAAGGAGGUCCUUUCGAGAUAGCUUAGCAGGGCGCCACUUCGCUAUGGCGUCCUCUCAGAUUUCGAUAUCCCCAAAGCCAUGGAGUAUGGCCCAAGACACUCCGCCCUUGGCUCAAUGUCAUAAGAUAUGGGACCCCCGAGCUGCUCGCUUUUCCCCAUGCUUUCUCCCAUUUAUUACAGCACUGCCGGCAAUUCUGGGCGCUCUGAUAUUGCUAGCCUACUCUUUUCAAAUUUUAGAUGCCUAUCGACCGAGAUGGACGAAGCCAUUCGUCGAGGAAGAAAAAGAGAGCCCGGACGAACUUGCCCCCACCUUCUCUCAACGACCACUAUCCGCGCCCUAUGGGUUACUCCUCGUAUCAAUGAUUGGCCUCACGUUGCAGAUAGUCACUAUAUUCGUCCCAUAUGUCCAACUUACUGCUAUCUACCCCACCAUUGCCUGGGCGAUCGCUAUUGGUAUCAUUGUCGUUGACCGUCCCAGAUCAGCGCCGCUCUCUUUGCUGAUACUGUUCACCGGACUUCUUCUAGCACAGCUAGUUGUGCUUUCUCACACCCAAGCCUCGUUAGCUGCGAAAGACAUACCACUGGUCUUAGCACCAGCGGCAGCUCUAUUCGGCAUAUUUGUCAUCUUAAACAUGCCUCUCCGCGAUUCAAGUCUGCCGAAUGACGAAAUCAGUCCGGUUUAUACUGCGCCGACGGUCAAGCUACGAACUCCUGAAGACAACUUGACUCCGUGGCAAUACAUGACCGUUUCCUGGAUGGCUCCGCUGAUACGAAAGGGAAUCACAAGGAAGAUGGACGAUGAGGACGUCUGGGAUCUAGGAUACGAGUUCAAGCACGCCAGACUUCACGGCGCAUUUCGGACAUUGCAGGGUUCCGUGACAAGAAGACUUCUCCAAGCCAAUGGAAUGGAUCUGAUACGCACCACGGCACUCGCGCUGGUUCAGUUAAUUUCAACGCUUUUAACGCCUGUAUUACUGCAGCAGCUCCUAGCGUCGAUGAAGGAUCCAGAAUCUCGUAACGCUACUAUCACCUACGCAUUGCUUUCCCUAGUCCUUCGAAUGCUCUCCACUCAGUGCAGCGUAUUCAAUCUGUGGUACCAGCGAAGGGCUUACGAACGAUCAAGGGGCGAAAUGAUCACCAUGCUCUACGAAAAGACGUUGAACAGGAAGAUCCUCGGUGCCAAACAGGAGCCGAAAGAAGAAGAGCAAGCUAACGGCCAAGCGGAAAAUGACACGAACGAACAUACGAACGGCGACGUCAACGGCUCGGCGCCGCCAACCAAAGGCCGACCUAAAGGCUUUCGAGUACUUUUGAAGAAGCUGUAUGCAUUGGCCCCCUCGCUCUUCAUGAUAAAUGCAAAAAAAGAAGCCAGGAAGCAGGACGCCGCAUCCAUGGGCAAGAUUCUGAAUUUGAUGCGAAACGACGUCUACGAAGUGUCACAGAGAUUUUGGGAAUUCUCCGACAUUAUCACCAAACCGACUGGUGCUAUCUUUGCUAUCCUUCUAAUCUGGAGGAUGCUCGGCUGGUCCUGCCUGCUCGGUGUGCUCGCACUCGUGGCCACGCAAUCCAUCAAUGUGCUCAUUGCACGUUAUGAGGUCUACUUCGAAAAGAAGCGCAGAGUGGCGACCGACGAGAAGCUGCAGCGGACGAACCAAUUCAUUGAAUCGAUUCGACACCUCCGCUGGUAUGGUUGGCAAGAAGCGUGGUUGGAAGGCAUCCUCGAAUCCCGCCAGAAAGAGCUACAUCUCCGUGUCGUACAGAUCAUCUUCAACACCAGUUUAGCAUUCAUUCUACGAUUUGGCUCGGGUCUUUUCCCCGCAGUAGCCUUUUACGCGUUUACCAAGCUGGCUGGCAAGCCACUGCACGUUGAUCUUAUCUUCCCGGCUAUUGAUCUCUUCCACCUCCUGGAGUCAUACCUGCGAGCGCUACCACAGCUGAUUACGACGCUCCUAAAUGCUUAUGUUGCUAUGGGCCGCAUUGAGGACUUCAUGAAGGAGCCGGAUAAGGAGGAAACGGACGUGGUUCCAGAAGGGACCGCGGAGCUUAGCCUGCAGGAUGCAUCUUUUGCAUGGCCUGGUGUGGAUAAGAACGUAUUGGAGGACAUCACCCUAUCCUUUCCACCUGGUCUCACGAUCAUCUACGGAGAAGUUGCUUCCGGCAAAACUGCCCUAUUGCAAGCUCUUCUGGGAGAAUUGGACAGGACGGACGGGGAAUUUAUUCGCCCUGACGAAGUUAUCGGAUAUUGUGCCCAGACACCUUGGCUGCAGAGCAUGAGUAUUCGCGAUAACAUCCUGUUCUCCUACCCGUACGAGGAAGCCCGCUACAAGCAAGUCCUAGAUGCUUGUGCCCUAGUUCCCGACAUGGCUGAGUUCAAACAUGGCGAUCUUUCCAAUAUUGGCGAGAACGGUAUCGGGCUAUCUGGCGGUCAGAAGGCUCGAGUAGCACUCGCUAGAGCCGUCUACAGCAAGUCUAAAGUGCUCUUCCUAGACGAUCCUUUAUCAGCGCUUGACCAUCAAACCGCUGAGUACAUCGUACAGAAGCUGCUCGCGGGCCCGCUCCUCGCAGGAAGAACGACAGUACUAGUCACCCAUCGCACGGAGCUCUGCCAUGGCCUCGCGAAGCAGUGGGUCGAGCUCAACAAGGGCAGGGCUACAAUUCACGAACCACAUCCCGACGAAGAAAAUGCACUCAAGCGUGCCCAGACGCAGGAAUCAAUUUCAGAAGAAGAAGCCAAAAAGCGAGAAGAGGAGCAAGCAGCAGCCAUUCCAGACAAAUUCAUCGAAGACGAGCACCGUGCGACGGGCGCCGUGAAACUGCGCGUCUACUGGCGCUACAUCAAAGCUGGGACCCUAUACUGGUGGGCCAUCUCCAUUGUUGUUAUGGCCGGUUUCCGGGUGGUCGACAUCGCCGAGACGUGGUUUAUCAAAGCCUGGGGUGAGGGCUAUGACUUCGACGACCCGAGAGGAAUGUUCCACUUCUUGCCUCCGCCCGCGCAGGACGUUAUACCUUGGCUUGUCACGUUCUUCCUCUUCGUGACAGGCACAGCUGUUCUCUUCUGGUGGACGAACCUCAUCAUGUUCGGCGUCGGCUACCAUGCCGCAAAGAACAUCUUCAAGGAAGCAGUGACUCGGGUCGCGCAUGCUACGUUUCGCUUCUACGACGUCACGCCUGUUGGGCGAUUGAUGAAUAGACUUACUUCGGAUAUGAAUACGAUAGACGGGCAUCUCAGCAUGAUGUUCACCAUCUUUGCUUGGACAAUCAUUGGAUGGGUAUCCAGCAUUGUCGUCAUCCUAGCCUCAGCUCCUGCAUUUCUGGCUUUUGGCCUUGUCCUCUGCGCUGGUUUUGUCUACAAUUUCUACCGCUUCCUGCCGACUUCGCAGACUUUGAGACGCUUAGAGAUGGUAUCCCUCUCCCCUUUAAUGUCCAACUUCGGCGCCCUCGUCGAAGGCCUCACCACUGUCCGCGCCUUCUCCGCACAGCCCCGCUUCCAAGCCCGCGUUAUCGAAGUCGUCGACAACUUCCAGAAGAACGACCAUUUCUACUGGUCGCUGCAAGCCUGGCUCUCCUUCCGCUUCUCUUCCCUCUCUGCUAGCGCUACCCUUGUCAUGACGCUCAUCGCGAUAUACAUGGGUAUCACGCCUGGCCUUACAGCCUUCGUGCUCGUUACCGCGAGUAGGUUUGUUAUGCACACGGACAACAUGUGCAGGAUUUACGGACAGUUGGAAAUGGACUUUACGAGCGUGGAGCGCGUAGUUGAGCUAUUGGAUCUGGAAACUGAAGCACCAGGUGUCGUUGAUCCGCCUGCUUACUGGCCCACAUACUCCGGCGACAUCGUCUUCGAAGACGUAACCCUGCGUUACGCACCGAACCUCGAGCCCGCCCUUCAAAACAUCUCCCUGCGCAUACCCGCGGGUAGCCACACCGCAGUCAUCGGACGCACGGGGUCCGGAAAAUCGACGCUAGUGCUCUCCCUCCUGGCUACCAUCACGCCUGAGAGCGGACGGAUACUGAUCGACGGCGUUGAUAUUUCGACGGUGAACAAGCAAGCCCUCCGCAACCGCGUAACCUUCCUCGCCCAAGAACCCGUCCUCUUCCCCGGCAGCAUGCGGAAGAAUCUCGACCCGCUCUCCGAAUACAGCGACGCCGCCUGCGAAGCCGUGCUCUCCAAAAUCGCCGGCAACCACAACUGGACGCUGUCCACCACCAUCGAAGGCGGCGGCAAAGGCCUCUCGCAAGGUCAGCGGCAGCUCGUCGGUCUCGCGCGCGCUAUGCUUCGUCGCUCGCCGGUGCUCAUCAUGGACGAAGCGACCGCGAGUAUCGAUUUCGAGACCGCGCAGAGGAUUCAAAGUGUGCUGAGAGAGGAGAUGAGGGAGAGCACCGUGAUUACGAUUGCGCAUCGGUUAGAGGCGGUGAGGAAUGCAGAGUAUUGCGUUGUGCUGGGCAAGGGAAAGGUGGUGAGGAGUGGGAGGGCGAGUGAUAUGUUGAGGGAGGGGAGUGAGUUAAGGGGGAUGUUGGCGCAGUAGAGGAGGGGCAGAGACAAAAACAAGAUUGACCAGGCGUUGGUUUCAAGGCGUUUUGGGAGACAUCGCGCCGCGUUUAUUGGAAAGGCGUCCUAGGAAAACAUUGGUUUGGCGUGCGAGGUACAUUAUAUACGUAUGAGGGUCCGUCUCUUUGUAUAUGCUUGUCUAGCUAUGCAGAUGCAACGCAAUGCUCAUGCAAACCACGCGC